CCGGUCAACAGGUGUUUUGGCGUUUUUUCACUGGCAACCAAAAAUAAAACCGAAGAGCAAAGAGAGCAAAGCAAAUGAAUUACAGAUGAGUGGCUGCUCCUCCAUGGCUUCCUUACUGAGUCCACCUCUCACUCUUCAUCCUCACAACAAGGUGAAUCAUGGUAGUGUUGGAGCCAUAUCUACAAAUACACAAUCAACCAGAAAUAGCCAUCCUGUUUUCAGAUUUGGUAGUUGCCCUGUGUAUCAUUUUCUGACAAAAGCUAAGACAUCUAUAGAAGCCGAUAUACUGGAGAAAGACUCUGUUAGUGUUGAAUCUGUCGACAACCAAAAGGAUUUUGGAGUUGUUAGCAUCCACCAUGUGGGUAUAUUAUGCGAAAACCUUGAAAGGUCACUUGAUUUCUACCAGAAUGUUCUAGGUCUUACAAUAAAUGAGGCACGACCACAUGAUAAGCUCCCUUAUAGGGGUGCUUGGCUGUGGGUGGGUUCUGAGAUGAUUCAUUUGAUGGAGCUUCCAAAUCCUGACCCCUUAACCGGUCGGCCCAAUCAUGGGGGCCGAGAUCGUCAUACUUGUAUUGCUAUUCGGGAUGUUUCUAAGCUAAAGGCAAUCCUGGAUGGAGUUGGUAUUCCUUACACCCUUAGCCGCUCUGGGAGGCCAGCAAUCUUCACGCGGGACCCGGAUGCUAAUGCACUCGAAUUUACGCAAGUUGAUGGCUGAAUGUAUUGGUAGGUUUACAUUUGUCAAGGCAGCAAACAAUAUACAUAUAUCAGUGUAAAUGUCUAAUAAGAUCAUGGUUUUAUAUGACUAUUGAUGAAUCUGCUCAUUAUGUAAAUUUGUAGUAUGGAAACAUGUAAUGAGAAGAAGUGAAAUUGAUAGAUUGAACAUGCCAUGUUUUUCGAAACGUUUCUGUUUCCAAGGAGAUUGAACUGAAUUAGUGAUGAAUCGAAAUUCUAAUAUCUCGAG